UCGCAAAACAAAACAAUUUGUAAUUGAUUAAAUCAUUAAAUUAAACUUCCAAUGGCUAAUUACCCUUCGCCCAAGUUUAUGGAGUGCCUGCAGUAUGCGGCUUUUAAGCAUCGUGAACAGAGGCGCAAGGAUCCCAAGGAAACUCCUUACGUAAAUCAUGUAAUAAAUGUGAGCACCAUCCUCUCGGUGGAAGCCUGUAUCACGGAUGAGGCAGUCCUAAUGGCAGCUCUCCUUCACGACGUGGUCGAGGAUACGGACGCCACGUUCGCGGAUGUGGAGCAGCUUUUUGGCGCCGAUAUUUGCGGAUUGGUGCGCGAGGUAACGGAUGAUAAAUCCCUGGAGAAACAGGAACGAAAGCGUUUGCAAAUCGAAAACGCAGCCAAAACCAGUCGCAGAGCCAAGCUCAUUAAGUUGGCUGACAAGCUGGAUAACCUAAGGGAUCUGCAGGUCAACACGCCUACGGGCUGGACAGAGGAACGCCGUGAUCAGUACUUUGUCUGGGCCAAGAAGGUAGUGGAUAACCUACGGGGCACUAAUGCCAAUCUCGAGCUCAAGCUAGACGAAAUCUUCCGCCAACGAGGUCUGCUGUAAAUCCAAAAAACAACAUCAAUUACACGAAGG